UGAGCAAGAAAAUAAAACAAAGAUGCUUGCUUCCUGCCCUGGCACGCCACUCCCUUGGGGUACAGUGAGUUUCUGUGAGCUCUCUUCUCCCGUGCAGCCCUGUUGCCUUGGCAGGCUGCUGCUGGGCUCAAGGAGGCCAGGCAGCAGAAGUAAUGGCACAGCCUCUCCCUUUGACCACCCGGACAUCACUCUUUCCCCCUAUCAGGGACUGGAUUUCUGUCUCCAUGCUCCAAGCAGCAGAGACCAACUCCUCUCCAGCUCUAGCAGGGCUAAAUCCAGGUUUGUGUGGCUCUGCUCCAUACUGUGAGGGUUCGGAUAUUUUUUUUUUCAUUUCUUUCGCAGGUGGGGCAGAUCAGUAGGAACUUUUUCUUGUCUGUCCUCUAUUUGCACAAGAAGAAUCAGCUGCUGGGAGUGUUGGAGGGAAGCGCUUGAUUCUGAAUCUGGCUGUACUGCUUGGGAGGGGAGACCCUGAGUUUUGUCACUCUAAGGAUAUAUAUACUAAAGGGAUGGUCUUACCUUGUCUUCUCUGAGAAAACAGGUUCAGGAGGGCAGAGAGAGUUGUAUUUGGCAGGUCUGGGAAGGUUGGCUGUAUGGGUGUUGAGACAGGGACAGGGUUUUGUAUAUGGAUCUAUGAAGAAUUCACCCCUGAGUGUGACUUGAGUCGCAUGUGUCCCCAGUGCUGCUUUCCAGUAAGGAUGUGACUGUUUUGGUGCUGGACCCCAGGAAGUUAAAAAAUACUCUAACUCCAGAGAAGGUCGUUACUUUGUGCUGGGCGUGGGAAGAGAGCACCUUAAGUGCUCUAAGUAACAUGCUUAGCGAUUGCUUUGAUGCCAUGUGAGGCUUAAGGAUGAAAGUUUUCAUCCUGUAUAUUUUCCCAAGGGUUAUUGCUAAGCAUUCAAUUUAAUUGUUAGGAUCAGUUAUAGAAGGAAAGCAGAAGACAGUAAAAUGCAAUUCUAGGUGUAUGUAACCAUCAUCAUACCCCACGUCUCUAGUAUUUUAGCUCAUUAGAGAGUGGUGAUUUUGUCCUUUACCUUUUCUUCAGGGCUGGUUUGCUCUUGUCCAUUCCCUGAGCUCUCAUCUCCCUUUCUGCUGUUUCAGUGGAAACACCUUGCCCUGCGUGUCUGUCCCUGGGGAGCAUCCUCCUCCUUUGUGCUGGAGUGCUUGCAAGAUACAUGGUAAUGUAAGGUAUCAGAUCAUAUCCUUCCCCUCUCUUUCCAAGGCUUUCUCCAUUUACAUUUCUGUUGUGUCCCCUAAUUACCAUCCCUUUGGUUUUUUUAUUCCCCCUCAAGCUGCCUUUUCCUGCUUAUGGUCUCCUGAGAAUGCUAUGCUGAAACUUUAUCAAACUUACAUUACUAGAAAUAGUUAAUGCAAAAUCUUCUUUCAGGAAUUCUCACAUCCAGGUUGCAGCAUCAUUGUACAGUCUGUCAUGAUAUUUCCAAUAGAGACACAACUGGAAGUCAGACUUUUCUUUGUGGAUUGCCUCGUUUCCCCUUGCUAGAGACAUGGGUAUAUAAUAUCUUCCAGGAGUUAAGGUACAUUCAUUUCAUCAAUUAGUAUUACAAAUCAUGUAUAUACUUAUCCACCUGAUACUUCUUUCCCAUAUCUCCCAUCCCAUAAAGAGCUUAAUUUUUAAGAUGACACAGUCCAGCAGAGAACAAAUACAAGGUUGAUUAACCAGGUUUUUGUAGAAUAUAUAUACUGGGUGUUGAACAGAGAGCUGUGAAGAGUUUACACGUUGGGGCACAUUUCUGGCGUCACAUACAUCGUGUGUGUAACUGCUGUCUGGAAAAGCAGUCAUGAUUUACUGUGGGAGGGGUGCUGUAUUAGCCUGUUAUGUAGCUGGGAGAGAAGGUUGUGCCUCUCUUACAGCCUGGUGAUGAUAUGGAAACCAUGCACCAUGGGUUUUUUUUUUUGUACUCCUGUUUAAAUUCUUAUUUAAAGACUUUGAAGCAUCCUAUUGUGUGCUUUUGUAUGGGGUGACUUUGUAACCGUCAUGGGCAGAAUCCCAUUUCAAGGUCUUCUGUAAGCCAUCUGCUUUCGUUAAUAGCUUUUGGAUUUGGCAUGUGGCUCAGUGCAGAUUAAAAUAGCCACAUUUCUGCAAAACUUUCUUUACCACCUGCAUCAGUUUGGCCUUCCCAUUGAGCCUUUGCAGGCUGGGUGCACCCUCAUGGGAGAGGGUGCUCUGCAUUACACCCUGCUCUCAGUGUGUGCCCUCCAGCUUCUCCCUGGGUGAUGGGGGAUGUGUGAUGCAGUGCAGAGGCGUGCUGGGGUGCACCAUGUCUGCACCUCUACGUACUCCUGGGAUUGCUUUGAAAGGAAACCCAGCUAUGUGCAAAACUGGCAUGUGGCCUGGCUCCCAGCCAUCAGGUUGUCAGGGUAUGGUCAGAAUAUGCGGGGGUCAGGACUACAGAGUGCUGCAUGUGUGAUAAAUUUUCUCUUUGCUUCAAGGUGACCUCUGUGGGUUGGGUGUUGGGUACACUGGCAUGCCACUCUAGAUAGCUUCCACUGCUGUAGCCCAAGCCAUUCCUCUUCUAAAGGGAGAAAACAUUAACUUUUGACUGUGUGAGUCCUGCUGACACUGAAUAGUUAUAACGCAGGUGGUUCAGUGGCAGAAACAUCAGCCUAGGGCACACAGAUUCAAUUCCUUGCUUUGGCAUGUCCUUCCCAUACAGCACUUGGUAAGUCCAUCAGUCUGUCGGUUUUCUACAUGUAAAAGAUGCCUCUUCUGCCCCAAAAGUCAGUCUUCUGUGUUGGUUUCUGUUACAGUGCAUUUGGGAGAGCUCAACUGGAGGUACAGUGGUGGUACGGGUCAGAAACGUUUCUGCCUAACACACAGAAACAGAGACCUGCUGCUUUUCCCAAAGCUCCUUCAGAACAUUUAUGGUGAGCCGUGGUCUUGGUGGCCUCAUUCACAGCAAUGCCUGUGUACCACUGUUGUGGUUUAACCCAGCAACUUUGCUCACCCAAGGGGAAACAACGGCAACGCAAAGCCUAAAAGUCAGUUCAGCAGCAGGACCAGCAAGGAAGGGAUCCUCUGAAAUAAUUACAGAGCAUAAUGAAGCUUCCUUAAGCCCAACUGUAAUGGCAGGGGAUUGGUUUUGUAUGAUUAGCUUAAGUCUACGCCACAUCAGCCGGUCUUCAUGGUGGGCCAUUCCCUGUCUCCCUGGCAAUGGGAGGCAGCCCAGGUCUUCGCUCCAAGCCUUCAACGCAGUACUGCCUUGGGGAGGAGCAACACAGGAUUGUCUGCUUGAUGUUUAUCCCUGCCCAUGGCAGGGGUGUGGGAACUAGAUGAUCUUUAAGGUCCCUUCCAACCCAAACCAUUCUGUGAUUCUAUGUUGCCCUGCAUGGGGAGGCUUUAGGUUUUGCACUGUUUUCUUUUCAUUUGUGUGGGGUUUUUCUAAGAAGCAAAGCAACACGGGUCUUAAAACAAAAGCAGUUCUGAUUUUUCAACAACGUGUGAAUUUCUUACAGCAGUCAAAGACGAUUUGAAGGGCCAGAGUGCUCACUCCCAUCACUACAGAAAUGGCAGAUGUAGAUGGACCAGGCCGGCUUUUAACUCUCAGCUCAUCAGUAGAAGAGUCUGUACUGAGAAGAUUCCACAUGUUAAAGGGCUUCCUCUUAGCAGACUCAAGCCAGGCUAUCUCACCUGGCUUUUUUUUUAAGCCCUUUCCUCUCUCCAUUUCUCUCGGCCUGGGUAUCCUGUUCCUGGAGCAUGCCAAACGUAGUUUUUAUUGCAACCUCUUGAAUCUUCGUGGAGAGCAAGGUCUGCUUGCAGUGAUAUGUGGCAAGAUGUUUCUAUUUUGAGCCAAGGCUCAUGUUGGGGUGUUUUUUGAGAGAGAAGGAAACCUUUAUUAGAAUCCUGCAAGGUUUUGUUUCAUUUUCUCCACAGUAUGAGACAUGGUAACUGCUGCAGCCUCCCUCGUGGUGGUGAGUGAUUCCUUCCAGUGGUCCUUGGUUUUCACCCUCAUCCUGAGCCGUUGGCUUUUCCUUGAGCUCGACUCGGCAGUGUCUGAUGAUGCAGCUAGGAUGUCAUUUGCUAGGAAGUUGACCCAUCUCCUCUCCCCUCCAACCUGAAGGUGUUCAUAAGGAAGUCAUAAAGUUGAUAUUUUCAUUGUAGAAACAUGGUCUAUCCAAGUUUUUUACAUGUUUUUGUCUCUCUUAAAGCAUGUUCUCCCCUGAGACUUGGCUCAGGGGCUAAGGAAGUGUGUUGCUCAUGAUCACAUCUUUGAGACACCUCAGUGUCUUAACAUCUUUCACAAGAAUGUGUUUCUGAGGAGCCAGUCAUGAAGUCUGGAGUUUAUCAGUCAACUUCUUACAUGGUAGAAAGAUAAAAUUAGUUCCAGAGAGAGAGAGAUGUUGGAAAGGACACAAAAUCCUUCUGGUAGAAAGAGGAGUAAUGGUUUGCAGCCAUCAGAUAUUUCAGAUCACACAAGGGGAUCAGUACUCCAGAUGGAAAUAUGAACAUUCAUUGUUACAGUGUUCCUUUGAAAAAUUUCCUAGCAUGAAUGUAGGGACCUUCGAGACCUAAUGAGGGGAGAUGCUUUCAGAGGAGCUGUAGCUUCAUCAGCCUUUGUUCAGAGCUGCCAAAUCGUGAAACAAGAAGUAAAACUCCGGUCUUGUCCAGGAAGACAGUAACAGGGAGGUGGAAGGAAAUAAACCUGUUGGUCAAGACAAAUUCUGACUUGCCUCUUCAAACUUUGCAGCUGCUUGCUCUUGAGAGUUUCCUUCAGGUCCCAUGUAAGCAUUUGUUUGUCAUUUUGUUUCAGUACUCCUUGUUGGUUGUGGCUGGCUCUGAGGAGGUUGGUGUUCAGGCUGGUGCUGGAAGCUGUCUGCUGGUCAUUGGUUUCUACCCAGAAGAGGAGUCAGUUGGCUGCCUCAUCAGAGCUUGCUUUGAGGGGGAAAACCAUGAUUUUAGACCAGCAAGAGUUACAGUGUCCGCAGGUCAGGCAGAAAUCUGAGGAGCUAAGCCUGGUAUGAAAACCAAAAGAGGGAGUCACUGGUGCGCUAACAAAACUGCGUCUCAAGCUGGUGUCCUGCCUCUGGUUGCAACCCGGUGCCGGCAGCCUGGCAGCAAGGGAAGUGCUUGGCUUUUCUUUGGCAAAGUGCAGCAGCUAACGUGGUAAUGUGGUGAGCAGGAUUUGGCUGGUCACCUCACCUUUCAGUCAGCUUUUUCUUGAGGUGAAUGAUGGGGAACUAGAGCCCAUGACAGUUCAGUGGAGCCGUUGGCACUUUUGAUAUCUCGACAUCUUCAGUUGUCUAAAAGCAAGUCAGUUCCAGAAUAAGGACAGCAGCAGGUGAUAUAAUGCGGAAACCAGGCCCUCAAAAAGCCAUAGACUGGAAAGAUGGUAAAAAGCACAAGUAUGGCCGCCCAUCAGAGUCUCCCUCCCAGUACCAAGGUCACUUCACCUGGGAGAAAUACCUGAAGGAGACAUGUGCCAUCCCAGCUCCUGCCCAUUGCUUCAAGCAGUCAUACACUCCACCUGCAAAUGAAUUCAAGAUCAGCAUGAAACUAGAAGCCCAGGACCCCAGGAACACUACCUCCACUUGCAUUGCCACAGUGGUGGGUCUGACAGGUGCACGCCUCCGCCUGCGCCUUGAUGGCAGCGAUAACAAGAAUGACUUCUGGCGGCUGGUGGACUCAGCUGAAAUCCAGCCUAUAGGAAACUGUGAGAAGAAUGGAGGGAUGCUGCAGCCUCCACUGGGCUUUCGGCUGAAUGCCUCCUCUUGGCCCAUGUUCCUUCUGAAGACUCUGAAUGGAGCAGAGAUGGCUCCUGUCCGGAUUUUUCACAAGGAACCACCAUCUCCAUCCCAAAACUUCUUCAAGACAGGUAUGAAGCUGGAGGCAGUGGACAGGAAGAACCCUCACUUCAUCUGCCCGGCCACCAUUGGGGAGGUGAGAGGUUCUGAGGUCCUCAUAACAUUUGAUGGCUGGAGAGGUGCCUUCGAUUACUGGUGCCGAUAUGAUUCCCGGGACAUCUUUCCCGUAGGCUGGUGCUCGCUGACUGGAGAUAAUCUGCAGCCCCCUGGGACAAAAGUUGUGAUUCCAAAGAGCCCUUUACCUGCCUCCGAAGUAAACUCGGAGAAACCUAGCAUGCACAGUAGCACAAAGACUGUUUUGGGGCAUCAACAAGGGCAAAGGCGUCGCAAAACAGGGAAGAAGCGUGGUCGAACGACCAAAGCGCUAAUCCAUCACCCCAUGCCUACACCCUCCAAGUCAGUGGAGCCUUUGAAAUUCCCCAGAAAGAGAGGCCCCAAGCCUGGCAGUAAGAGGAAACCUAGGACAUUGCUGAACCCAGCACCCACCUCUCCAACAACCAGUACCCCAGAACCAGACACAAGCACUGUGCCCCAGGAUGCUGCUACAAUCCCCAGCUCUGCCAUGCAGGCUCCCACAGUUUGCAUUUACUUGAACAAGAAUGGCAGCACUGGGCCCCACCUAGACAAGAAGAAGGUUCAGCAGCUGCCGGACCAUUUUGGACCAGCUCGAGCUUCUGUUGUCCUGCAGCAAGCAGUACAGGCCUGCAUUGAUUGCGCUUAUCAUCAGAAAACAGUCUUCUCCUUCUUAAAACAAGGCCACGGGGGAGAGGUCAUCUCAGCUGUGUUUGAUCGGGAACAGCACACUCUGAACCUGCCAGCAGUAAACAGUAUCACCUACGUCCUCCGCUUCCUGGAGAAGCUCUGCCACAAUCUUCGCAGUGACAACCUCUUUGGGAACCAGCCUUUCACUCAGAACAGCCACAUGCAGCGCUCACACGAGUACGACCACGACAGGUAUCUACCAGACAGAAGCAGUUCGUUAGACGGCACUCUGCAGGGACCAGGCCGGGGUACAAAGCGAUAUUCCCAAGAUUCCCCUCCAUACAGUGCUCCUCUCUCCCCCAAGUUACCAAAGAAUGACCGUCACCCUUUGGAAGGUGAAACCUUUGUUCUGGGAGAUGGCCUCCCAGGGCCCUUGGAGCCUCGCCUGGACCCCAUGGACUCAGCCUUGAACUCUGUCAAUUCAUCCAGCCACAGCAGGAGCUCCAGAGACUAUCGCCUGCAAGGAUACAGGCACCUGCACCAACCCUCUAGCCUCACCCAGGGCAGUACCUCUGCCUUGCGUAGGCUUAGCUCUGGGGGCUCAGAUAGAUACCUUGGAUCUCGAGACGUCUCGAGGCUGAGCAGCCGCGACCCCUCGUCCUGGACAGUUGAGGAGGUGAUGCAGUUCAUACGGGAAUCGGAUCCACAGCUGGGACCCCACGCUGACCUCUUUCGAAAACAUGAGAUCGACGGGAAAGCCCUUCUCUUGCUGCGGAGUGACAUGAUGAUGAAGUACAUGGGGCUGAAGCUGGGGCCAGCCCUGAAGCUCACUUACCACAUCGACAAGCUAAAGCAAGGCAAGUUCUGAGAGGACGCUUGGCAGGACGGAUCCUGGAAGCUCCGCUCCUGGCCAUCCAUACCCGCGCUCGCCUGCUGACAGGUACGCAUGCACACACACCCAUUUACGCCGCAGACGGACACCUCGCCGACACCCCGGCCCCGCUGCAGGGGUCCAGCUGCCUGCCCGUCCCUGUGCCAGCAGCCAGGCCCCAGUGGGCGCUCGGGAGGAGGCUGGCACACAGUUGGCCCCGGGCCUUCGCACUGGACUCGAGUCAUGGGCAUCCUGUUGGAAGCGGAGGGUCUCUCCCUGCUGCCCAGCCGGCGCUUCUCCGCAGGCUCCUGGUCCUGCUUCCCUGGGAUGGAGCAGCAGCUCCGGGCAGAGCCCGUGGGGACAGGGCACUCGCGCCGGCUCCUCUCCCUCUUGCUGUCGUUCGUACGCUCCCGGUUUCGCCUGCUCGGGGCAGCCCUCGGCUCCCAUCCCCUCGGAGGGGCGGUGGGCCAGGGGGGCUGGACGCUUUGCGCUUCACCGGGCAGCCCGGCUGCGAGGGGGACGGUGCCCCUGACCCACGCUCAACCCCUGUAGCACCGCGCCGAGCUCAGAGCAACGACUGCCCCCAUGCCCGUCUUCCACACCUUGGGGGAGCCCGUCCGCCUGUCCCGGGGGCCGCUCACCUCCCGAGCUCUGCCUGCCCCUCAGCUCCCAGCCUUCCUCCAGCUGGGGACGCCGGGCCGGGAAUGGAGGCCUUUGUAUUUAUUUCUGAUUGGGGAGGCUGUGGGGCGGCACACGGCGCUGUCCAGGAGCGUGGAGUGAGCUUUGGGAGAGCUGAGAAGCGUGGCUGGGUCUGGCAUACCCAUGGCAAGGACGGGCCUGGGUUGGCAUCAGAGACUGGCUGGAUGCUGCAGGACUCGACUGAUCCUUCUCUCCUUUUUUUUUUUGAGUAUUUUUUUUCUUUUGGGGGGAUUUUUUUUUUUUUUUUAUAAGGAGUUGUCUGUUUAAAAUGAUGAAAUGAUUUUUCUACCUGUUGCUGAACUUGCAGCUCUUGGCGAUUUUUAGCCAGAGAUGCAAAGGUUCAUCUUCCCAGGGGCCCUCCUGGUCCUCUGGUGUUUCGGUCCGUCCCAGCUCAGCGUGUGCGAGAGGGUGUUGGGUCUGGCAAGUCAGAGGAUCCCGGUGUGGUGACCUGCCCUUGUGUUGCUCUUCCUGCGAGGGCUUUGCCUUACCCGGGGGCACCUGUUUGUUUCAGACAGUAUAAUGUAUUUAUUUUUGAUGGCACUUGAGCAGUAACCCGCUGUCCCACGCAUGUUACUGCAGCUGCAAGAGGAGUAUCGGAGCGGAGGCCGCCCAGCCGUGCCGCCCUGUCCCCUGGGCAGCAGCUGCCAGGCUCGGGGCUGCCUGGGGGGACAGGGGCUGUGUGGUCCCCUGGAGCAUCGCCUGCCCCGGCCUGGGAGGAGCUGGGGAAGGGCUGACGGGGAGAGGCGCAGCGGAGGCGAGGGCUGUCCCAGGCGUGUGGCCACGCAUGCACCCACAGCACGCUCCCACACACGCUUCCUUUCUGCAGUGACCAAAGGGCUGGGACGGAGAUCUCCACCGCAAGCACUUCUUUUUUCUCCUGCCUUUAGCUCACCCUCUGUGCAUCCAGAGCAACGUCUCACACCCUCUUCCCGCCAGCCUCGAGGGCCCUGGCCAGCAGCAGAACAGGCAUCCCGGUGAACAACCCUCCAGUCUCUUGCACUGGGUCAGGUUUACCCCUAAGGGGAAAAGUUGCAAAAAAACAAAAAAAAAAAACCAAAACCCAAACCCCAAAGUAAUAAAAAGGCUUUUUGUUGUACAGCAAAGUCUGUGCUGCAGUCCCUGCUGCGGUCCCUGCUGCUGCCCUGGUGUGGUUGCAGGGAGGUGGGGCUCUGGCCACUCGCAGAGCCCCGUCGCUCACAGCAUCAGCCCCAGGAUGGCCCUCGUUUUUACCUGAUGCUGAUCCUGCUGGCCCACUACAGACAGGUCCCCGUGCGGGGUCAGCCAGUGCUUUCCUCUGCACUUAUUUUACGUUGAUUUGUUUAUAAAUAAAAGGAUAACCAAGUUCC